AUGCCAAAUCAAUUUCUGGCGGCUUGCAAAGCCUCCGAGUCAUCUCAGACGAGGCAAACGAAAGCCAAGGCGGGCGAGAUCGCAACGGCGUUGCUUGCAUUUCGAUCGUCCAAAGUCGGAGCCGAUGACCCCUUCUUAUUCCCCUAUGCGAGAGGCCUCAUCAACGAGAAGUACAUUGGCUCAGGAGACCUUCUCUUUGCCUUGCUCAGAAGCUCACUCUACGGCCGAGACGACCCGGAAGCCCCUGUUGCGACUGGAUACACAGGAAUGCCAUCAUGCGAAGAAAGGAUCUUCACCAUACUCAUGCAAAUGUACUCUACCACCCACAUACCUACGGCACCCCUCGAGAUUUGGAGCUUGGUCCAGACUAUCUAUCGCUGGCUCAAGGCGGUCAACGACUACGAAGUCGUCAAGCAACUCGAAGGCGGUGGACUCCACACUGUCGAUGCCAUCACAUUCGGAAGUUACGAAGCGCUAGGUAAACUGGCCAUUGCAGUCUUCGACAAUGCCAGCAUGCGCGAAGUCAUGAAGCAGCAAUGGUGGAAAGAGCAUCGUGCCGCGGUCACAACAGAACUGGUCAACUUCGACACCCACAUCCUCCAGUGGAUGAAUUCGCAGUUUGCUGGCCGACUGAGAAUGGUGACCGGAUCUGUGCCGUUCAUCCCGCUGGAUAAGAACGGAGAGCCCCAGUGGACAGACCAGCAGAUCCUCGAUUCCAUUCCGGAGAUCCCCGUCAUCCCGUCAAGAGCAGCAGCUUUCGUUUGGCUCAAUGCUGCACUGGUAGCGAGGCCACUCACCGAUGACAUGACAGUCUACAGCUAUCUGCACGGCCGCUCUCCCAAUGAUGUGCAGAUGCAGGUAUCUGACCUUCUUGUCGCCUCCUUCGACUGCCUCACGAACGCGAUGCUGCGGAAGGAAUCGAGACAAGAUGUCCGCAUUAUCCAGUCAUUCCUCUGCAACAAAGUACCCCAUAUCAUCUCCAUGCUGUCAAGAAGCAUCGCGCCGCCCAUGACUGCUGAGUCUUGCAUUCAGAUGACACUGAUCCCUGGAGGACAUAUCAGCAUGGAUCCACUUGCACCUAUCACGCCUGGUGCCAACCAGAUCAGAGACAGCCUAAAGGGUGCUCGCCUGGAAUUCUUACAGGCAUGCGCCCUUCAUGGUCUCGUUUCGGAGGGUACGAUCAGCAGUAUCCUACAGGAAUCCAUAGCUCUGCCGCGUGUAACGAGACACAACAAAGAUGCGCUGGUUGCUCAAUGCGCUAAUAACAUCAGCCGCCUCGAGAACCACAUCGAAGAUCUGGAUGCCUUCCAGGGGAAUGCUGGGGCAAUCGCCAAUUGCAUCGUCGAGACGGUCACGAAUCUUUGCAUGAGCAAAGACACCAUGUCACUGAAGUCGGUCUGCAAUUGGUUGAUGAAGAAAGUCUCCCGCAUCGACAUAGUCAUGAUCUUUGCGCAGCCAGGCAUGCUCCUUUUGCCAAUAUGCACACUCUUGAACGACUGGAUCCACGAUCAAGAACAGACUGAAUUCACCCCAUCCUACGAGGAGUUCGCUUCUAUCCUGCUCUUCGCUCUUACGGUCAUCCAUCGUUAUGAUCUGAAAGGCGCAGAUAUUGGCAUCUUGCCCGACAGCUUCGUGGCUCGGCUUCUGGACGACAUGUCCAUCUCAAAUCCUCUCAAUGAGCUGUCGCCAGAGCAAGCGUCACAGCUGGGGAAGUGGAUCGAAGGACUCUACGCCGUUGACGAGCACGGAGAGACCAGCGGUAUCGGCGACGAUGUCAUGCGGCAGUGCUCACCCCAGGCAUUCUACCAGCUUGUGCCAACCCUCUUCGAGCAGAGUAUACUGGCCUGCCGGACCAAUGCGCUGUCGAUCAAGACAUUCAAAGGGGGCUUAGAACUGCUUCUGGAGCCCUUCCUGCUGCCUUCGUUGGUCAUGGGUCUGAGAUGGCUGGCGGAGCAUUCUUGGGAGGACCACAAUGACACCGAGGUGCUCCUUCAUAUCCUCGACAAGCUGCUCAACCUCCCCAAAAGCUCCCCGCCAGAGACCAAAGCAAUGCACGUUGCCAUACUUACCAUGGUCGCAACACCACUGUACGAGUCGCUACAGGAGCUUCUUCGCCGACAACCGGAAAAGAAGAAGGCUGCAGACUUGAGCCAGGUGCUCAAGCAAUAUCUUUAUCAACAGCGAACACUCAGCCGACAGAAGCACGAACUUGACGAGAUUUACCAGAAAGAUGGUAGCGUACAGAACCGCAUUCGUCGAAGCAUUCGGGAAUUGGUCGAGUGGUCAUCGACCCCAUCAAACCCGCCAAAUCCACCGCCGAGAUACACUUACAAAGAAUUUGCUUUAGCCUGCCAGCUUCUAGAUGGCGUGGCUCUUCGCGAUGUCAUGGUACAAGAACUGUCACAGAGCCCGAAUGCCCCGACAGCCCUGGAUGUAUGCACUUCUUUGGUCUGUGUCCCUGUCCCUGUGCCCAUGGCUGCACAGCAACAGAGCCAUCCCAAUUGCGUCACAACCCGCCUCCGUAACAGCAUUGCGCUCGUUGCAGCAGACAUUCAGAGCGUCAAGCAGAAGGAAGUGGCCGAAGCUGAGGCACUCGUUCGUUUGUGUCGAAGAGUCGAAGCCCAGCUUGCAGUUGUGCAAAUUCCUCCAAUGGCGAUCCCCAUGCAACAGAUCCAAGACCAGACAGCAGCCGAUCAAAUGAUGCAGGAACUUGGGCUGGACUUGCCUGGUAAUGGCGAUGGCACGAGUGUGGAUGCCGCCAUCAACCAGAACGACUUGACCGGCCUUGAGCAGCAGCUCGAUCUUUCGAAUCCGACGAACGAGGACCUCGCAAACAUGGCUGUUAACACCGGCGCAAUGGACAUUGACCAGUCCCAACUUCUAAGCGACAUGGACUUUACUCUGAGUUCGACGCAAAACAACGGCCAGCAGGUCGGACAACAGAAUCAAGAAGAGGACAUCUUUGCGGGCCUUGACAUGGGCGGCAUGAGCGGGAUGGACGACCUGGGCGAUUUGGGCGAAGACUUCAACUUCGGAUAG